AUGUCGUCUUCAAUCGCUGACGUCUGUGACACGCUUCUAGAUGUGCUACGCAACCACGAAUCCGGCGUCCCACAUAUCUGGCCACGGCCGAGUCGUGUGAGCGGCCUUGACGAAGAGUAUUGCCGCGUACAUCGUGCUCUCGCCAAGGAAGUAGCGCGUCUCGUCGUUCUCAAUAAACGCAAACAGUUGCAAGGCGUUUCUAUAGAAGAGCUCCGCAUACAGGCUGACGCUGCUGCAGAGUGUAUUCCGCAUGUCCCACGAGCUGAGCUCUCAACAUUCCUCGAACUUCACAAUGCGCGAUUCCGCACCGAAGCGUUGCUUGAUACGUUUUUGGCUGCGGCUCUACCGGUUCUCCGUGCGACAUACCAUGGCAACGAAUCUUUGACUGACAGCGAGUUUGCCGUUCUCAACAACCUGAAGAAGUUGUAUUCUCAUUACAACACGCAUGCAGCCAACAUCUCGCAUGUCGUGGAUGCCAGCAAAGAAGGACAUGAAUUAGCAGUGCGGCGGUCUCAACUCGCGGCGCAAAUCGAUGUGCUUUUGGAGCAGCGUGUGGCGCCGUCCGUGCGCCAAUGGCGCGAGCUCCAUGCAAAUCUGGAGGCGGUGCGCAAUACUCUAGAGAAUCUCAAAAUCACGCGGGCGGACGCUGCCGCUCGAAUGCCCGAAGAAACUGCGCGGCUCGAGGCGAUCGCCCGACAAGUUGUGCAGCGUUUGGGCGCCAUUCGCGCGCUCUGCGACCUCAUACCGAACUUGGUGCGGUGUCUGCCUGGCAACUGGUAUUCUGACACGGCAAUGCGUGCAGCGGUGCAAGAAAGCCAGGCGGUCGGCGAGCGCAUGGCCGAAUGUGAUAUGGGAAAAAGCGACAUGGAAAAGGAUUUUGAAGCCAUUGUGGCAGCGUGCCAGGCGACGCACGAAGAAAUGGGUUCAGUGUGA